AUGAUAAGAUACUCGCAUCAAAGACGUAUCAGUACUGCUAAUUAAUCUUCAUAAAAACAAAUUAGAGGCCCAAUAAGACAAUCCAUAACAAAUCCAGAGUAUGUAAGCAUAAAUAGGACUCAGGAUAAUACAACUAAUAGUACCACUGCAACUAACACAAACAACCCAAAUCUGAAAUCUCAGACUUCAUUACUUCAAUCUAGGAUUAUUAAAAAAAAUAACUACUAAACUCCUUAAAAAAGCACAACUCAUUCUAAUCAUUUAAUUAACCAAGUAAUUAGAUACUCAAAUGAAUUUAUCUUAGAGACAUUUAUAAGACCAAAUGAUUAGCCACCUAAUCUUGAAAGGAUUAGGUCAAUCUGUAUUUACUUCGGAUUUAAGUUGCCUAAAAAUAUUAUUUCAGAUCCUUAGUAAGUAAAAUCAAAAGAAUUUUAGAUUUACGCCAAAGAAAGAAUACUUCAAAGAUUAUACGAUGUGAUAAACAAAGAAAAUUGUACUGAUACAGCUUAGAUUCACUAAUAGCAAUAAAUAAUGAGAAAAUUUUACGUGGGUAGGGGUAACAACUACUAAUUAGUUAGGUCAGUUUUUAAGUAAAGAUGGUGGUGGUAGCUUAACCCUGACGAGGACUUUGAGGCUGCUAAUUUUAUUUGGACAUCUUGGAGAAAAAAUGAUUUGAUUAGUGGCUUAAAGGCUAGAAAUCAUAAAAAUGAGAUAUGGACUGAUGGAAAGAUUAGAAUAUAUAAUAAACUAGAGGAUAAUUUUCAUCUUAGUAAUAAGAAAGCCUUAUUUUUUAAUAUGAGUUAGUACUACAAAUUGACUAACAGAGACCCUUUUGAGAUGCUUCCACUGACUUUUCAUAUUGAGCAUGGUCUUGAUGAUCCUGAAUUCGAUAAAUUCAAAUAGUACUUUGACUAAAUUGAAAAAGAAAGGCUAAAUAACAAAAGGAUAUUAGAAGAAAAAAAGCGCUAGUAUUAGUAGCAACAUUAGGAUGAUGAUUACGAUUCUGAAGAAGAGAUUGAUGAAGAAAAAUUUUAUAAAGUUAGGAUUCCGAAAAAUAUAUGGAUUAUGAAGCCAGGUGAAAAUUCUAAUAGAGGAACAGGAAUUUUUGUUUGUAAUACCCUAAAAGAAAUAAGAACUGAGAUAACCUCAUCUGCAAAGCAAUAGCAUACUCAUAUCAUACAGAAAUAUAUAGAAAGACCUCUACUUAUAAACAAUAGAAAAUUUGAUAUCAGAGUUUAUGGAAUGUUAACAUCUGUUAAUGGUAAUAUGAAAGGAUAUUUUUACGAGGAUGGUUACAUUAGAACAUCUUGCAAGGAAUUUAAUUUAGAUAAUCUGUAGAACCGAUUUAUCCAUCUGACAAAUGAUGCAGUAUAGAAAAAAUCUGAUGACUAUGGGAAGUUUGAAAAUGGAAACAAGGUUUCAUAUUAGAACUUUUAGAAGUAUUUAGAUACUAACCUUUCAGAUAAAAAUAUUAGCUUCUAAGCCCAAUUGCUCCCUCAAAUCAAGAUAGAUCCACAUAGAAGGUCUCACUGCUUUGAAAUAUUUGGCUAUGAUUUCAUGAUAGAUGAUGAGUUUAGAGUUUACUUAAUCGAGGCAAAUACGAAUCCGUGUCUAGAACUCUCCUGCCCACUUUUAGCAAGAAUUAUUCCUGCCAUGUUAGAUAGUGCAUUUAGGCUGUCUAUUGACCCACUUUUCCCUCCACCAGAUUUUAACAUGGCAAAGAAAAAUACUUUACAUGAAAUUAUGCCUAUCAAUAAGUUUGAAUUAGUGUUUGAUGAACGAAUAGAAGGUGAAAAACUAAGAGAGAUUCUAAAAAAUCAAGAAGAGAUGAAAUUAAAAAUUGAUGCCAAUGAUGAAUUUGAGGAAGAGUCUCAAAAUUCCGAUGGAUCUGAUCAUUAAAAUGAGAUUCUUCAAGAAGAUGUCAGUAAUAUACAAUACUUUAAUGAAGACGAAUGA